GUCAAACUAUGAAACUGCGGUGUAAAUACUUCAAGAGCUAUGUUAGCUAAAGAAGUUUAAUGUUCAAGUCGAUCAGCCAUGCAGUGCCCAGAUGAUAAAUACUUCCAUUCAAUAACGAAAACCUGCACAGAUUGUACGCCUGGUUAUUAUGGACCUAACUGCACGAUACCAUGUCGUUAUCCGGGAUAUGGGCCAGGGUGUCAAAAGGAAUGUAGCUGUAAUAUGACAGUCUGCAGUCACGUCAAUGGAUGCUCUGGAUAUGAUUUAGACGGACAUGAGAGUACAACAAGUAACCAUGACCUUCCAAUGAUCAUAGGUCUCUCUCUGGGGUUUGGCAUCGUAUUAAUGAUUGUUGCUUUCGUUGUUAUCACUGUGGCAAACAGAAAGUUCUACACGCGGCAUAUCAGAGAAAAUGCCCAUUAUGUUGGAUCAGUUGCCACAGAGCACAACUACACAAGAAACAAUUUGGAUAGAACUCCUGAACCAUAUACUAGUUAUUGCAGUGCAAGUGAGGCUACAGAGAGCAGCAUUUACAUGUUAGCAAGUUCAUGUCGAUAACAAGACUCUAAUCAAAAGGAAACUUAUUUAAUUCAGACACUACAAAAAAUUAUUUUUUAAAAAUCAUGGCUUGAUGAAGAAAACGAGAUAUGUUCACACGUUGAUGAAAUUUUAAUAGUGCAUGAUUACACUGUGAACAAUUAUGUUUAUGUUAAACUAUGUUGAAAUCCUAACAUUUUCAUUUGAAUUAAUGUUUAGGAACAAUUAAUCAAAUGUACUUUUCCUUAAUAAUACACUUGACGUUGUACAGCG